CAGUGUUGCGCUCCGCGUUGGAUACAUUCAGCCGCUCCGGAGAGAAGCGGCGGCGGCGCCGGCACCGGGACAGGGAGGAGGCCAGGAGCCGCACCGGGUGGAGCGGGGCCGGGAGCGAAGGAGCAGAGACUGGAACCUGGGGAGCGGAGUCCAGAGCCGGGAGCGGUGCUGAGAACGGAGGGAGAACUGCGAGAAGCAGCGAAGCCUGGGCUGAAGGAGCGGGUCCCGGGCAGCGGAGCCCGGAGCUGAAGAGCUCGGAGUCCGGAGCGAAGGCAGCGGCUGAGGCUCUGCUCCGGGCCGGCUCUCGGACAUGAGUUUCUCGGGCACCAGGACCCUGAGCAGCGCCGCCCAGAAAGCCGAGGCGGUCGUGAUGAAGGUGAAGUCGGCGCCGGAGGGGGUGUGGGCGACCACCGAGGAGGAGCUGCUGAAGAAGGAGAGUGUGACCCCGGACGACGUGCUGGGGCUACAGAGAAUCACCCAGGGGUACCUGUGCGCCCCCGAGGACAACGUCUACAACAUUGACUUCACGAGGUUCAAGAUCCGGGACAUGGAAUCGGGGGCCGUGCUGUUUGAGAUCACCAAGCCCCCCGCGGCGGAGCGGGAGCAGUGUGACCGCAAGGAGACCGAUGCCAAUGCCGGACGGUUCGUGCGCUACCAGUUCACGCCCGCCUUCCUGCGUCUGCGUCAGGUCGGCGCCACGGUGGAGUUCACUGUGGGUGACAAACCCAUCAACAACUUCCGGAUGAUCGAGAGGCACUACUUCCGGGAGCAGCUGCUCAAGAGCUUUGACUUUGAGUUUGGUUUCUGCAUCCCCGGCAGCAAGAACACCUGCGAGCACAUCUAUGACUUUCCCCAGUUGUCCGAGGAGCUGAUCCAGGAGAUGUCCGCCCGGCCCUACCACACCCGCUCCGAUAGCUUCUACUUUGUGGACAACAAGCUGGUGAUGCACAACAAGGCCGACUACGCCUACGGGAGUGGCCCCUGAGCCCCCCGGACCCCGGACCCCUGGAGCCACGACGUCGCCAGGACCUCUCCUCAGCACUCUCGGAACACACCCCCUCCCCCUCAUC